AUGCCUGCAAACCUGUUGAGGAGAUCUUCAGGACAGCCAAGUAGAUACAUUCAAAAAGAUAAUGAUGUUACUGCUUUAAAUUCAGAAGAGGAUCUUGACACUCCAACCUCCAAAGAUAAAUUCACUGAACUCCUAGAGAAAACAAGUUGGUUGGAAAAUGCUCAGAAGCCUGCUGCAUCCUCAAGCAAUAAUAGUCAACUUAUCAUGACAUCAGUCAUCACUCAAGGUUUUUAUGUGCCUCUGGAGGAGAAACAAUAUGUGAAUCUGUUUGAGGAAGGUACACAAGCAAAAUUCUAUCUAGACAUCAUGCAAAGAACUGGUGCCAACCUAGAAAUAACUUUUGUCAAAAACCAAGGCCUCUACAUUAUAGUCUCUGGUAAGCCAGAAUCUGUCAUGAAAGCUCAGAAGGAGAUUUUUGCAUGUUUUAAGAAACAAGUUUUAACUACAGCUUCCAUUCCCAAAGAACAUCUUUGCUUUGCUGUAGGCAAGACUGGCGAAAAACUGCAAGACCUAGAACGAAAAGCUGCAACCAACAUUCAGACCUUAUGCCCAGUUAACCACAGCACCUGGAUCAAUACUGUUGGCACCAAAGAGAUCAUGAAAAAGGCUCCACAUGAAGUCUUACUUAUGUCUACUGAACAAGACAAGUGUGCUGAAGAAAGGUUAGAUGUGGGAAAAGCAUUUCAUCCUUUCAUUGCUGGACCAUGCAAUAAAACUUUUGACAGAAUCCUACAGGAAAUGGAGGACCGCAUCCACAUCUCACCAUCUAGUGCCAAUCAGACACAAAUAAGCUUUCCUGGAAAAAAGCAACAACUAGAUCAGGAUCAGGCUUGCGUAAAGAAGAUUUUUGACAGUACUACAGAGAAAACCACAUCCAUAGAUGUGGAGAGGAAGUUGCAGUACAUGUGCAUAGGUCCCCAGAAUAAUUCCAUCCAGGAGAUACUGGAAAGAACUGGAGUUUCUGUGACAUAUCAAUGUAAGCUUGAAAGUUUAAGGAAGGCAUUUACUGAAGCCUACUCAAAUACCAAAGUUUACACUCUUUCCUCUAUCUCUGUACCUUCCUGGCUUCACAGAUUUGUUAUUGGUAAGAAAGGUCAUAAUAUAUCUACAAUUACUCAGAACAUGCCAAAAGUUCGCAUAAAUUUUACUGGAGAAGGUAAAAUUACAAUAGAAGGGCUGACAGAAGAUGUUAAUUAUGCUAAAGAACAAAUUGAGUUCAUAGUAAAAGAUCUAAUUAACAGGAUGGAUUAUGCAGAGAUUAAUGUUGACUAUAAGUUUCACAAACUCCUGACAGGGAAGAAAGGUGUUAUCAUAAAUGGGAUUAAAGAAAGGAAUAAAGUUUCUGUGCUAAUCUCACCUGAAAAUGAAAAGAAUAAUUGGAUCAGAAUUGAGGGGGAAUCUCAGGGUGCCCAACAGGCCAAGAAAGAACUUCUUGAAAUUGCUUCUCAUUUAGAAAAUGAGCACAAGGACUUAAUCAUUGAGCAAAGAUUUCACCACGCAAUCAUUGGGCAGAAAGGUGAAUGGAUACAUGACAUCCGUAAGAAAUUUCCAGAGGUUCUAAUUACUUUUCCUGACGCAGUACAAAAAAAAACUGACAUUGUCCAACUUAGAGGACCAAAAAAUGAAUUAGAAAAAUGCAUAUAAUAUUUGGAGAAUGUGGUGACAGACAUUGUAGAAAGUACCUAUUCCAUAACUAUUCCCGUCUUCAAAAGGCUUCACAAAAAUAUCAUUGGAAAAAGAAGUGCAAACAUCAAAGAAAUCUGUGCAGCAAGCAACACCAAAAUUAAUCUUUCAUCAGCAAAUAGCGACUCAGAAAAUAUUGCCAUCAGUGGAAAGCCAGCAAACUGUGAAGUGGCUCGUGAUUUGAUUCUUUCAAUUCAGAAAGAUAUAGCCAAUAUUUCAGAACUAGAAAUUUCUAUUCCGUCCAAUCUACACAAAUCCUUUAUUGACUCUAAAGACGGUUUGAUUGGUGCAGUCAUGGAAGAAUGUGGAAGUAUCCAUAUCCACUUUCCAAAAAACAACUCGGGACUUCAACAAGUCAUUAUUAGGGGACCUGACCAAACUGUGGAGAUGGCCAAGAAAAAGCUGCUGCAACUAGUAGAAGAGCAAACCAAGAGUUAUUCUGUGGUCCUCCAUGUCAAGCCAGAGUAUCAUAAAUUCCUCAUGAGUAAAAAUGGAGGCAAUGUUCCCAAAGUCUGUGAAGAGACUAGAGCAUGUAUCGUUUUCCCUAUCCCUGAGGAUAAGGAUCAAGACUUGUUAACUAUUAUAGGGACAGAGAAGGCUGUCAAAGAUGCACAAAAGAAACUAGAGGGUUUAAUUACAAACCUAGAUAAUGUGGUAGAGGACAACAUACUGAUAAAUCCCAUGUAUCACCAGCACUUUUUUAUGCAAAGGGGCCAGGUGUUACAGGAGAUGAUUGAGGAGUAUGGUGGUGUGAUUAUUAACUUUUCAUGUUCAGGAAAACAGAGUAACAAAGUCACAAUCAAAGGAGCAAAGCCUUGUGUAGAAGCUGUCAAUAAACAUACUCAAGAGAUUAUUGGGGACUUGGACAAUGAAGUCGCAACAGUAUGUGUUAUUCCCCAGAAGUUCCAUGAUUUUUUCAUGGGACCAAUGUGUUCUCGAAUCAGACAAAUCGCUAGAGAUUAUACUGUUCAAAUCAAAUUCCCAGAUAGAGAGGAGAUUUCACUUACCAAUAAACAGCCAGUUGUUCUAGAAAAUAAGGAAGAAAGGGAAAAGAGCACUACAGGAGCUGCUUCUAUUUCCCCAACAAAAUGUGACACCAUAUUUAUCUCAGGCCAAAAGGAAAAGUGUGAAGCAGCCAUGGAAGCCCUUAAGGCUUUAAUUCCUGUCACUGCUGAAGUAAAUGUGCCCUUUGAUCUACAUCAUUACAUCAUUGGUCAGAAAAGAAGUGGGAUACACAAGAUAAUGGAUGAGUUUGAAGUUAAUAUACAGGUAUCAGCACUUGAAUUCGAGUCUGAUAUCAUUUCCAUCACUGGCCUUGCUGCAAAUGUAGAACAAUCCAAGGUUAGAUUACAAGAACAAGUCAAGGCUUUACAAACUGAAAUAGAAGAUCGAUCAUUAAGAAAUUUCAGACUCAAGUUCACAGUAGACCCCAAAUAGUACCCCAAGAUCAUUGGUCGAAAGGGGUUAGCUAUUGCUCAGAUUUGUUUAGAGCAUAAAGUUACUAUCUAUUUUCCAAGUAAAGGGAGCAAUGAGAUACAAGACAAAAUCACAAUCAUUGGAUAUAAAAAAAACACCAUAGCCGCUUGGGAUACAAUAAUGGAAAUGGUGCAAAAGUUUGAAAAAACAGUUACUAAGCAAAUUUCACUAAACAAUCGUGUUCAUGGCCACAUUAUUGGAUCCCGUGGAAAAGCCAUUCAUAAAAUCAUGAAUCAAUUUCAGGUCGACAUCUCUUUCCCUCCUAGAGGAGUCCAAGAUGCAAACAUCGUCACUGUGACUGGACUCCCUAACAAAGUCACAAAAGCAAUUGAUCACAUCCUCAGUCUUGAGGAAUAUUUUAUGGCUGUUGUUCCAAAGCAUGAGUCACAGAAGGAGCAUAUGAAGAAGGUCACUCUGUGUGAUUUAGUCUAUACUCCAUCCAAGAGUUUUGCAGAAAAAUAUGUUCCCUGUACUGCAAACACCAUUCAAAAGAUCCCUGACAUGAACAGCUCUGAAGAUUUUCCCAGCUUGGAUCCUCAAGUGAACCCUAAGACUCACCCUUGGAGAUGCAAAUAA